AUGCAAGUGAUUGAGAGAGUAGCUUCCACUGAUGAAGGAUGGAAUAAUGAAAGAAACAAGUCAUACAGGGUGGCCUCCGUUAUAGAAGAUGAUAGAAUAGACAAAUUGUCUCAGCAGCUAGAUCUUUUGACCACUCAACUGGGGAUUAUGGAGAUGAGACAACCUGGACCAGAACUGCAAGGAGGAGUUGAAGGUGUGAACUAUGUGCACCAAGGAGGAAAUAAUAGGAACUUCAACAACUAUCGCCCAACUAAGGUGGUGGUAACUAUAACAACUAUGGUAACAAGGUGCAUCCCAAUCUCUCAUGCUCUGCAACCACCGCCAGAGUUCACAGUGUCUAAUGGGUUGGUAGAACAACAGAAAAAGCCUAGUACUGAAGAUAUCUUGGCAGCAUUCAUGAAUCAGACUACCAAGUAUAUGGAGAAAACACACAAGUACAUGGAGUGUAAUAGUCAAAGGCUGGGGAAGGUUGAGAAUGACGUGCAAUGUUUGAACGUGCAUAUGAAGAGCAUUGACACUCAGAUUAGUCAAAUUUCUCAAGCUGUAGGUAUCCAACAUCAGCCAGGUCAAUUCCCAGCACAGACCAUAAACAAUCCCAAGGACUGCAAGACCUUAAACUUAAGGAGCGGUAAAAGCUAUGAAGGACCUUCCAUGCCUGUAGAGGAAAAGAAGAGUACUCCAGCGGAAUAUGUCAAUGCAGAAGAGAAUUCUAAGGGGAAGAACAAGGUAGACAGUCAGACAGAGAAAGAAUCAGUGCUAGAAAAGAUGCCCCCUCUGCCUAUUCCUACGACAGUCAAGGUGCCCUUCCCAUUUGAGAUGAAGAAGAAGAAGAUGGAUGAACAAUUUUCCAAAUUUCUUGAUAUCUUUAGGAAGGUGCAAAUCAGUAUACCAUUGGUGGAAGCUUUGCAAGAGAUGCCAAACUAUGCUAAGUUUUUGAAGGAUGUUGUUAGGAGUAAAGGCUGA